AUGUCUAUGCUCCCUCUUGUGCAAGAACGGACCGGUAUUACUCAUCUAAUUCUGGCAGCAAUCCAUCUUAACGAGCAACCAGGAAACAUCACCCUCAAUGACGACUCUCCAACCAACGAGAAGUUCGGCCCACUCUGGGUGGAGGUAAAAAAAAUGAAGAAAACUGGCUUGAAGAUAAUGGGAAUGCUAGGCGGUGCCGCUCGGGGUUCCUUCGAACGUCUUGAUGGCAACGACGGCCAGUUCGAAGCAUUCUACGGCCCCUUGUUGAAGAUGAUUAAGAAAUACGCCCUCAACGGUCUUGAUCUCGACACAGAGGAAAAAAUGUCUCUCGAAGGCAUUAUCCGGUUGAUCGAUAGGCUUAAGAGUGACCUAGGCGAUGAUUUCAUCAUUACCCUCGCUCCCGUUGCGACUGCUUUGCUGGAUAGGGGCAAUCUAUCUGGAUUUGACUAUAGAGAACUAGAGGCGGAGCGAGGCUCAAAAAUAAACUGGUAUAAUGUGCAGUUCUACAAUGGCCGGAGUUUCGCGAAUGCUCCGAACAUGUAUACUGAUAUUGUAUGUCGGGGCUGGUCUGCACAGCGGGUGGUCUUUGGCGUGUUAACAAACCCCAAUGGAGGGUCGGGGUAUGUAGCACCGGAAGUCGUCCAAAACAUGCUCAGCAGAUUGUCUAGACAAUACAAAUACUUCGGUGGGGUAAUGGGUUGGGAGUAUUAUAAUGCAAUGCCAGAUAAAACGAAGCCCUGGAUGUGGGCGAAAGGAAUGGCAGGAAGCCUGACCUUGUGA